AUGAUACCCAUUUUCCGUUGUGCAAGACUGGCAAAAUUCACACCAACACUGACAACACCACUACGAACACCGACACGAACCACCAGAGCGAGCUUUGCGACCAUGUCUUCCACACUCGAUCAAGUGAAGAGCACUUUCUCCCAGAAUUUGGGUGGUGUCGCAGAGAAACUGACUCCUGCCGGCCAAAACUUCUCCAUCGACGACAUUCCAGAUUUGAGUGGGAAGGUCGCUAUUGUGACAGGCGGCAGUGAAGGCAUCGGAUACGCCUGCACACACACGCUCCUUUCGAAAGGCGUCAAGAAGCUAUACAUCCUCUCCCUCUCCAAGGACGUCGUUGAUGGAGCAAAGGAAGCAGUCGCAUCGGAACUGGGACAAGAGAAGGCAGAUGCAACAGAGUGGAUUCAGCUAGACAUCAGCAACUGGGACAAGACCAUCGAGGUCGCAAAGAAGCUGGCAGCAGAGAAUGAGCGCAUCGACAUCCUGAUCAACAACGCUGGUCGUGGCAUCAUGACCAUGGAGUUGACGGACAAGGGCGUGGACAGGCAUAUGGCAACAAACCACAUGGGUCAUGUCCUGCUCACCUCGUACCUACUUCCUACCAUGAAGAAGACUGCUAAUGCAGGAAACAUCGUCCGCAUUGCCGGGCUCGCUUCGAACACUCACGAGCAGUCGCCGAAGGACACCGAGUUUGAGAGUCUUGCAGAGCUCAAUCAAGACCACGGUCCACUCGCACAGUACGGUCGUUCGAAGCUGGCAGUCAUUCUGUACGCUCGAUGGCUCGCGAGACAUCUCACGAAGGAGUAUCCCAACAUUCUGGCCAGUGCUACACACCCUGGCGUAGUCAACACGAAGAUGAGCACGGAAGACAUCCACGAGCCAUACCCUUUGGCUGGCUACUUGAUGAGCACAGUUGCAAGACCUUUCAAAAAGGAGCCAUUCGAGGGUGCGCUUUCGACACUGUAUGCAGCUACAACGACCAAGAACUCCGGCGAGUAUGUUUGCCCGCCUGCCGCGAUCGAGCCAGGUAGUGAGCUAUCGCGAAGCACACACCUGCAGGACAACCUCAUGCGUUUGACGCAGAAGGUUUUGAAGGAGCAGGGAGGCCUUGAGCAUGUCAUUUUCCAUUAG